AUGAUAGUUCCCAAAGUAGCAAUCUUUUACACCGACUACGAGUCCGAUUGGGUCAAACCAUGGAGGAGUUUCGCUCAGAUGGGUAUCAAAGUGCUAGAACAAGGCCGUAUUCUGGAAGGCGACCAAGACCUUAAAGUUGAAUACCCAAUUUUCGACAUCUACAACGAGCACUUCCCUGACUUGAAAGAGAUCACCAAAGCCAAUGGUUACAUUGGUAUCUACAUUACGGGUUCCAAAUUUGAUUCGUUCGAUACGGAAACCAAAUGGAUCGUCGACUUACGCAACUAUCUAAAGAUUAUUCUAAAUGACUCCAAGUAUCCUCCAGUCGCUGGAAUUUGUUUUGGCCAUCAGGUGGUCGCUGCAUCAUUAGGUUGUAAAGUCGGCAGGAAUCCACAAGGAUUCGAAGGCGGAGUAAUGCCCGUUUCACUGAACCCCACUGGCCAAAAACUGUUUCAAGGAUACAAGACUCUUAAUCUUUCUGAGAUGCAUAAAGACGUAGUCCUCGAAGUUCCUGAAGGUUGUAGCAACUGGGGCUCCACCCCCCAGUGCGCACUCCAGGGCUUUUACAAACCAGAAAGACUACUAACAUUUCAAGGGCACCCAGAGUUCACCAACAUGAUAGUGAAAUGGGGUCUACAGAGGAUCCCACAGGAUAUUGAAUCCCGUGUGCUGGACUCCAUUGACUCUUUUCAAAACGAUGGCCCCCGAGCAGCUGCCUUCAUAUGGAAGCUGUUCAAGAGGGAUAUAUAG